UGUAGUAUAAAAAUUAUAAAAUUAUAUAAUUAUUAUUUGUUAAAGUGAUUAAUUUUUGGAUCCCCCAUCAAUAAAUCUAGAUUUUGCAUAUAAUGGAUAUAUGUAUUUUAUUUAGAUUUAUAAUAAUAUCCUUUUUAAUACAAUUUGUUAGAUGUGCUGAUAAGCCUGGUGGAUAUGGAGAUCCAGAUACCGAAGGAGAAGAAGAUGAUGAUAAUAAUUUUGAUGUAAGAGUAAAAGAAUUAGAAGAUUUGCUUGAAGAACAAGAUAAUUUUGAUUCAAUACAAUCUAAUUUAGAAUCAAUAAUUGAAGAUGAUGAUCAACAAGGGGGCGCUUCUCAACAAACAAGUUUUCAACCAACUCCCCAAUCAACAACAGCGAGUACACCUACAGAAUAUGGACCACAACCUAUACCAGCACAACAUUAUGUUCCAAGGCCUCAGAUAUAUCCACAAUAUCCACCUGUCGGUAUACCACCAAUACCCCAACAAUAUCCUGGUGUGUAUUAUUAUAGACCAGGCCUACCAGGACAAGUUAUUCCCCCACCUAUUCUGCCUCCAGUUGCAUAUCCACAAGUAGUUGAACCUCAAAGAGGAACAAUACCACGACCACCAAUAGGAUAUUUUACAGGUUAUCAUCCCAUUUCCCACCCAUAUCUUCAACCAAGAUAUCCUGGACCUACUGCACCACAACCUCAAGUUUAUCAACCUCGUCAACAAAGAUAUCCUGGACCUACUGGACCACAACCUCAAGUUUAUCAACCUCGUCAACCAAGAUAUCCUGGACCUACUGGACCACAACCUCAAGUUUAUCAACCUCGUCAACCAAGACAUCCACAAUUUCCAGUACCUAGAGCACAAUUUAGACCACAAUAUCCUGGGUUUCCUAGAUAUCAGCCACCUGGUCAAACUGGAGAAGAUGAAACCCAGGGAGAUAAAAUGUUAAAAAAAGAUGCUCAUGAACUGAUAAUUCCAGAAUUACCGGAAACAUAUUUUUAUGGUUUAGACGAUAGAGAUAACUUUAUUAUAAUGAAUAGGGACCAUUUUGAAGUGAUUUCUCAAACUGAAGAGACAAUAGAAAUGAAAGUACUUGUUAAUCUUAUUGAAAUAGUGUAUAGAGGAAAGAGUAUAUGGAAAUGUAAAUCAGGCGAUGAAGCACCAACUUUAAUGAUAUUUAAUAGGAAAUAUGCAGUGUUGUAUAUUCAUAACGAAAGACAAAUUGUAUCGUAUGUAUUUUUAGGAAGAAAAUGGACUAGAAAAGAAUUUGAUAUUCCACAAGACUUUUUACUUUUCAAAGUGGAUGAUACAGGAAAAGAAGUUCAACUAACAAAAGAAGAGUAUUGUUUUGAGAUUGAUAAGAAUAAACUAAUAAAAAUGAUUAUAAAAGAUGGAGUAAAAUGCACUAAAAUAAUGCGUUCGGGUUUGCUCAUUUGGGAGUACUCCGGUGGUGACAAUUAUCCCACAGCUAUAAAAAUAAUCGAUCUUAGAAGAAUGUUUGUUUACUUUAAUGGAUACGUUCAUUUAUAUAAAUUAGAUUGUGGCGAAUGGAGUCUAUCAUGUAUUAAAGAUAAAUAAUACAACGAUAACAACGAAGAUCAGAUAAUUUAAUUCAAAUUCUUUUAGUUAAAAUGAAUAAAUUUUCAAAAAUCCGAAAUGUUUUUAUUCAAAUUGUUAAAUUUUAGAAUAAAAAUAUUAUUUUAAGAUUGGUAAUAUCAAAUUCGUGAUUUGAUGUUAUUUUAUUCCCUUAAUUAAUAUUUUUAGUAUGUU